UGUGUACAUGUGUGUAUUUAAGUCCAUGACAGCUUAUUCUUUUUCAAGCUUAUUUUUUUUCCUGCAGCGAUACGGCAUUUCCCGGGUUUGCUAAACUAUGCAAAUUUGUGCUUUCAGUACUCUUCUCCUAUUUUUCUUUUUCGACUGGUUUCUUGAGUCACAUUGAUCAAACCAGAUACCACCCUUUCUUUUUACGGUUCGUGCUUUAGAGCAUGAUCAUGGGGUGGCAGUCGUUUGUGGUCCGAGUACAAAAGCUCCGGUCGUGGAAGAAGUGUUCGAGGUACAUUCAAGAGCAAAGGACGCGUCUUUACAUCAUUUGGAGGUGUUUGGUGUUUCUCUUAAGAUCGAAAUUAGAAAGUGCAAGUUUUGAUGAUUGAGGUAGAAACAAGACCUCAAAAUCUAGAUGAUCGUGUUGUCAAUAAAAAUGAGCCAAAUCAGCUGUCCAUGUCUUUCCGCGGUGGACAUUCUCAUCAAUUUGGUAUCCAUGGUUGACAGCUGAUCUGGCUCUUUUCUGUUUACAAGAGGGUCAUCAAGAUUUCGAGGCCAAAAGAUAGACCAUGAGAAGUAUGAGCAAUUUAGGGGAGGUAUUUUGAAAUUACAAGCAAAAUGGCUCGUCUGCUACUCAAACUUGACAUAGAUGAGGGAAAACGAGCAGAAUUCUCUCUGCCAAUCCAAUGCCAACAGGUUUGAAAUACAAACUUUCAUGGCAAGUUGGAGAUGAGAAAAUCAAUAAGAUUAAUAGAGAAUGUGUAAAAUUUAUGUAAAUUAAGUUGAUGGAAUAUAACAUUGAUUAUCUGUUAAGACCCUGUGUUGCUGCUAUGCUGCUGUUAUGGUCCUGUGAAGCUCCUGGUUAAUAGAUUGGUUGGGGAAUAGGUAAGAUGAAUCUGUGGAAGAAUAUUUCUAUAUUAGUAGUGUUCAUCUGUAAAGCAAGAACAAUUAUAACUGAAGAUUGUGUUAAUAUUUCAUAGAACGUAAAAGAACAGUUCCCAGCAUUCGAGAGGCUGGAUUCUCUCCUA